AUGAGUACCUGUAAGGGAACAGUCAUUAGUGAGAAGGAACAAGACCAAAUAUGCUCAGGUAUCAGCAGUGUCAUGGCCCAGGAUAUGAGUGGAAAACGGUAUGAUUCAUUCAUUUCGCGCCACUGUCUCAAAAAUCCAUUGAAGCAAAUCAACAACUACUGUUUCAACAUCGACACGAUGACGUCCUUCGAAGGAGAUACUAGUCCUUACCUUCAAUAUUCCCAUGCCCGACUCUGUUCCAUCUUGCUUAAAGCGGGCGUUCCAACUUCUAAGAUCAAAUCAGCGAACCUUAACCUUUUAGUUAAACCACAUGCAAUCAACGUCGUUCAACUCAUCACCUAUAGCUACUAUGUGCUGCAAGUAGUUAGGAGCGAGCGUGAACUCAUAAAGGCUCAGCUGGCCCUAUACAACGCGGCAAAGUCUGUUAUCAACAACAGAAUGCGUCUACCGGACCUAAUCCCUCUAGAUCGGUUCCGCUAUCAGGAUGUAACACGACGAAGCAGACCGCCCCUUAAAAUCCCGUCCCAAGCGGAUUCGGAGAGAGUACAAGGUAUGCCAAUGAGCGCAGUCUACCCGAAAUGGGACUGUUCGGACAUCGAUAGAACCCCGGACGCUGAAGAACCCUCCUAUUGGAUGAGCGAACCCAUAUAG